AUGAUCUGCCCAGCAGGUAACACAAAUCCGGACUACGUGAUGCGUCUUGGGCUGCAGGGCAUACCGAAAUGGGCGGAGCCUUACUGCUACUGCCCGGCUCCUGAAGCAGUUCCGGCUGGUUACAUUGAAGAUGAAGAGCCAGGCACCUUUCGUUGUGCUCCAGGAUACGUAGGUCGGCCGGCACUUUUCUGUGGCGAGUCGCCGCAGUGCCAGCAGCAACCAGCUCUGACGGGCUGCGUCUCCCCGGAUGUUUGCCAUGUGGAGCCUUUCACCGAUGACGACGACCGACCUGGGAUGGUUCGUGGUGUGGUUGCCUUUGGACCAGCGGAAGUCGAAGGUGUGAUCGAUGAGGAGCACGUCGACGGCUACGACAUCUUGCUCGCGGACGAAUGUGGCCAGGCACUGCCCUUGCCUCCUCUGGCUACGGUCCCGCGGCGAGCGCUGCCUGCCAAAGGAGGUUGCUGCGAGACGCGGUCUUACCAGGUUGCCGUUGAGGCAGAUUUGACGGAUGCUCGCGUGAGCGGUCGGACAGCCACGGUCCUGAUCGCCAUUGCUGGCCUCCUCCAUGGCAAGGUCAUCAACGUAACGGAUGUUAUGGGACAGGCGACCACCACAAACAAGGUCACAGUGACGGGUGCUGCCCGUCCAGCUCAUACAGUUCCUGUUGCGUCGAUGUGGCUCAUAGCUGCCGCGGCGGCGCAGUUACACAGACGCUCUAUGUAG